GCUAUGCACGUUGGCAGGCAACAGAGAGAGUAGAGAAAAGCAUGACAACAUUUCGCUAAUGCUGGAGCUUACGAGAGGACGUGUACGGAGUUCGGUCUUGCGUAGUUUUGCCAGCAUUGUGUUUUUGUGUUUGACAGGAAAUAUUUCUUCUUGUUGAACAUGGAGCUAUUGAACAUUGCCUUGUUCUUGGAGAUCUCUCUUCUGGCUUUCAGCAUCCAACCAGGUGAGUGCAUUAGAUGCUAUGUUUGCAACUCUGCAAUCAAUCCUAAAUGUGCAGAUCCUAUAGAACGAAGUGGAUUGGAACCAAUGGAAUGCACUAAAACUGCCUUCCAAGAAGUUUCCUCUACUGUGAGGAAGGGUGUGGAGACUCUAGGAGACCUUUUGGGCUUCCAAGGAAUUCCUGAGGGACCUAACAUAGAUUUGAAGUUUGCGUGUCAGAAAAUUGAUAUGUCGGAUCAAACUGGAACGAAACACACAUUUCGGAGUUGCUCGAUCGCAAAGAGUGAAUCUGUCGAUCCAUGUGCUAUGGCGGAUGAUGUUUCUAAGAUUACAAAAGGCCAGGGCAAGGUAGAUUUUUGUGAAACCUGCGAAAAGGACUUAUGUAAUCAUUCUGUCCGUCACUCCUUCACCUUGACGUCUGUCAUUGUGGUGCCUUGUUUUGCCAUUAUAAUCUCAUCUUGGAUUGGUGUAUGAACCAAUUCAGUGGUAUCUUUAAGUCAUAACAAUGUGUCUUGAGAACAAUACUGGAUUGAGGUUUGCAACUUUUGACCUUGAUCUUGUUUAUGUCUGAACUAUGUCCAACUGAAUUGGUGUUACAUUCAUUAUGUCAUUCACUGGAAAUUUGUGCGUCAUUGGUGACACUACUUCAAAUGCAGAAAACAGCAUGCAUAUAUGAUCUGUCUCAUCUUACAAGCAUACAGACACAAAAUUAUAGCAGAAUCUUGGAAACAGUGUAGUUAUGUUCACUUACAUAUUGUAGUUUAUUUUAAAUGUUACAUGCUAUUAAUUUUGGUAACUUUUAGAACCAAAGUAAUUAUGUGGCCAGAUACCUUCAGACUUACUUUGAUUUUAAUGUAAAGAUUAAAAUAUUAGUGGAGUAAAAAUUGGAUGCAAGUUUAGUUUUCUUUAAUAUGGCCUGUUUGAAAUGUCGUUAAAACUUAUUUUGUUUUGGCUUUGUGUGUCAUAAAUUGGAUCCAAUUAACACACAUAUGUGGACCAUCCAGUCACACGUACUGUAACUUAAUU